AUGGCAGUGGCUUCGAAGGCCACAUCGGAGCCGCCGCCAUCAACCUAUAUGACGGGGACACCUUACUCUCCGACCGUGCCUAUCUCAAUCCCUACACACGUUAGUGUACCGGGUAACGAGGCUACAGAUAGUAGCGCGAAAUACGCGGCUCUCCAACUUACGGGAGGUGCGACCGGCGAGGGGAUCGGAGCGGAUAAACCCACUAUCCGGCUCGCAGCGGCUGCCAAGCGUACGGUUCGAGCGCGUAUUUAG